CGAACUCAAGUCUUUCAUCCAGCUGCUGCAGUCGGUCGCUUCUAUUUUGAAAAGCCCUGACCGGAAGUGUGCUGUAGCGUGCUAGCAGUGGUUAGCUCUGUGCUGUCACAUCAGUGUUGUGUUAAUAAAGUUGUGUUCAAGAUGUCGGCAGGUCUGGAGCGGACUCCCCGGACUCUGCUGGUCUCUGAUCGGUCCAGCUUUCAGCACGAGAAGAACCGGCUGAGCUCCCAGGUGGAGCAGCUGCACUUCAACUACAAGGUGUCUGUGCUGCUGCCCGAGUGUAGCUCCGCCCCCUCUCACCUGGACACUGCAUUCAACAGUUUCAACAGUUUCUACCUGAUCAGGGACCUGCCCACGUACGAACUGCUGGACAAACACUUCCUGGAGGCCGCCGUGUACCAAGGACGAGUGUCCGGUCUGUCCUACAAGACAAGGCUCGAUGAAGACAACUCUGUCGCUCUGAUGCCCAACGGUCACCUGACUCUGUCUCUGGACAAAGACUCGUUUGAGCUGCUGGGAGUCGAAGGGAAACCGUCCAGAUUCAACCACAGAACCAACCGCAGAUACGUGGUGACAGUUGAUCUGACGCACAGCAGCAUGGCUCCUGGUGGGUGGGGCCAUCAGAGACUCAUCGCAGGUCUGAAGUCACGACUUCAACUGAGGACUGACUUCCUGCUGUCACAUCAUCCAGGGGGCGGAGCCUCUCUGCAGGCUCUCCUGUCUCGAUAUGAUUGGUCAGAGCACAGACCUGAGAUCAGCAGCUGCACCCUCAAAGACCUUUCCUGCCCCGCCUUGCUGACCUCUGACCUGCAGUCAUGUGACCCUCACCGCUUCCUGGAGUGGCUUGGAGCCGUGGACGCCCACGUCAGCUGUGACAACUCAUCUAGCAGCUUCCUGUCCUCACUGGUCUGUCCUGAGCCAAAGACGACACUAAGUCGAGCUCUGAGUGUCUCCAUCGUUGGACUGCUGCUUCCACAAGACGUCCACCGCCUCAUUGAGCAGAUCAGAUGUCACCUGGAGCAGCCUCGGUUGGAGUCCUGGGCAGCGCUGACGGUUCACGGUUUUGUUGACAGUCCAGUGUCGUGGGGAGGCGCUGAACACGGUGUCCUGAGAGGAGGAGAGAACUUCUACAGUCUGCUGAUGUUCCAUGACCACACCUACCACCUGCACCUGGCUACAGGAGCACAUGACACCUGUCCUCGGUGACCUCACCUGUCCUCUGUGACCUCACCUGUCCUCUUUGACCUCGUGUCCUCGGUGACCUCACCUGUCCGCUUCGACGUCAUGUGUCCUCUUUGACCUCACCUGUCCGCUUUGACCUCAUGUGUCCUCUUUGACCUCACCUGUCCGCUUUGACCUCAUGUGUCCUCUUUGACCUCACCUGUCCGCUUUGACCUCACCUGUCCUCUUUGACCUCACGUGUCCUCGGUGACCUCACCUGUCCUCUUUGACCUCGUGUCCUCGGUGACCUCAUGUGUCCUCUUUGACCUCACCUGUCCUCUUUGACCUCGUGUCCUCGGUGACCUCAUGUGUCCUCUGUGACCUCACCUGUGGUCAUCCCUGACCGGAAAACAAAUCUUUAGUUGAUUCUGAGUUUCCUCUUCAAAAGAAAACUGUUUAUCUUCAUCUGUUUUUCCUGAUAUUUUUUAUUAAUUAGUUAUAAAUGAUGUUUUGUUAUAACUCAUAAAUGGGUCAUCUGUUAUCAGAUGACACAAUAUCUGAAAAAUAUUUGUUGAAACAGUAUUUUUUUUUAAAUGUGUUGUACUGCAGUCCUUAAACACAGGAGAUGGUUACAAUCAAAAUGCUGCUGUUAACAGAGUUUGUUUAUUUUUAAUGUCACUAAAUAUUAAUGUUGAUUUUUCAUACUAAAGAAAAUAAACAGCAGUAACUUCA